UCGGCGGGACGCGACAUGAGUGCCCAUAGUUGCGAUUGUGGAUGUGGAUGUGGAUGUGAAUUUGACCCACUGGUUUUGAGUGCAGGGAGUAUGUAAGACAACCCGAUGUUUGCCUUAUGCUGUUUGCCUUUGUUUUCCCGCCGCGAUUGUCUGCCAUGUUUUCAAUUCUCAUUUUCCACCUGGAGAUUGCAGGUGGAAAACAAUUAAACAAUUAUUGCUCUUGUCGCGCGAUGUUGCUGCCGUGCAAUCGGCGAUGUUGCUGCUGUGCAGGUGCCACAAUUCUUGGCACGCAAUUUACAACAAUAUACGAAACAACAAUAUGAAUACGAAUCGAAAACAAUGGCCAAGUGAUGGAAUUCCAUCGAGCGUUGCUGGAGCAUCGAGUUCAUCUGGAAAAUCGGGUCAAGAGGUUGCACCCACUGUGUGUGGGACUUGGUCAACAAAAACGCCACGAAAAUAAUGAUAAAACCAAGUGAAAACGAAACAAAAAAAUGGUGACUGACAUUGGUAAUUCAUUUACUGGCCGGGGGGUGUAAAACUGAUAACGUUCCAGACCUAGACGAAGAACUCACCCUUCCUUGAGAUAAAGAAACCCCCAAUCCCCAUCUGGGGAUUAUAAAACAAUAAUAAUAAUAACACAAAGCCAGACAAAUAUAAACAAAUCAUCAGCCGAAUGCCCAUGACUGUCGCCGUUAUUUUGGGAUGCGAAUGCAAUUUUUGAAAACAGCCACUGGCAACGGAAGCACUUUCCUGGAGGUCUCUCUGCGCUAUUUCGACGAGCAACUGCUCCUGGACAUCCUGCCACGUGCCACGUGUCCGGGCGAAGAUGAGGGCUCCCCGAUGGACGAGUUCGCCGACCUGUUUACGGUGGAGCAACUCCGGCAGGGAUGGGUGGUGCUGCACGUCUUCGCCGCGGUCUACUUCUUCAUCCUGCUGGCCAUCAUCUGCAACGACUACUUCCUGCCGACGGUGGAGUGCAUCUGCGAGGACCUGCACCUGUCGAAGGACGUGGCGGCGGCCACCUUCAUGGCCACGGCCACCUCGAUGCCCGAGUUCUUCACGAACACGAUCAGUACGCUGAUCCUGGAGUCGGACAUGGGUCUGGGCACGAUCAUCGGCUCGCUGAUGUUCAACACACUGGGCGUGGCCGGAUUGGCCGCUCUGUCCAUCGAUAAGCCGGUGCAGCUGGACUGGUGGCCAAUAGCCCGCGACUGCUUCAUCUACAUCUUCAACACGAUCAUCCUGCUGGUUCUGGCCUGGGGCGGAAGCAUUAGCUUCACGGAAUCCUGCAUCAUGAUGGGAUUCCUGGUGCUCUACUACCUGAUCACGUUCAACAACAACAAGUUCAUGCCCGCCAUCCGGGUGUUUAUCGAGGAUCGGAUGAACUGCUGCUUCUCCACGCGAUAUGACCUGACAGAGCCCCCAGAGAACAGUGCCAAGGCUCAGCUGCCGCUGAAGAAGGAUCCACUGUCCGGCGACGGCCUCUUUGUGGUCAAUCUCCCCGAGAACACCUCGUCUAUGUCCUCCACCGCCAACCUAACGCACUCCAAGCACUGGAACGGAGAGGACGACGAGGAGGACGGUAUGCCCGAAAGCAUAUACGCCUAUCCGCGAAACGCCUCCGGAUGGAUGCAGUUCUGGUGGAUCUUCGUCUUCCCCAUCAAGUUCUCCCUAUCCCUGCUCAUUCCGCACCCGAUGAAGCACCGCCGCCUGUACCCAUUGUCCUUCAUCAUGUGCAUUCUGUGCAUCGGGGGUAACGCCUACCUGAUUGUUUGGAUGCUGACUGCCUUCGGUGUGGCCAUCCAUGUGCCCACCAUUGUGAUGGGCCUGACCUUCCUGGCCGCCGGAUCCACCAUGCCGGAAGCCGUCUCUAGCCUUAUUUCACUGAGAAAUGGUGAAAGCGGCAUCGGAGUCUCGAACUCGUUGGGCGCCAACUCGCUGGCCAUCCUGUUGUCCCUGGGAGUUCCGUGGUUCGUGAAGAACUGCAUUAACUACGGCACCGGGGAGCCCCAGCAGGUCGGCACCCAGGGCAUCGAGUACAACAUCCUGAUCCUGAUCAUCUCCACGGUGGCCCUGUUCAUCAUCCUCAGCUUCAGUGGCUACCGCCUCACCAAGCGGGUGGGCGUGGCCCUCUUCACGGUCUACGGGGUGUUUAUCGUCCUGCAGAUCCUCAUCGAGAUGAAUGUCUUCUUCCCCAGAGACUGCAGUAGCUAGUGAUGGAAUCGGGAAGCCCAGAGGAGACCUGGUGCUGGCACCAGGAUAUCAUCACCGCCGCAAUCCACUCGCAGGGUUUGAAUUCGCUUGGAACUAUUGUUCGGUUAAUACUGGGUCUGGUGCAGCUGGAAUAGCUAAAAUGAUAAGUACAAAAGCUAUGUUUUGUAACUAUCAAUUUAAUAUUCAACCGCAAAUCAGAACCAGUACAUACUCUGUAUUUUUUUUACCCUAGUUUACGCUUUGAUUAUUGCCUAAGACUGUCUAGGUUUAGAUGACGAAGCUUCCAGCAGCGAUUUCUAUUUAUUUCGCGUUGUAUAUAUUGUAUAUAUGAUUCUGUGCAUAUCCCAUAGCCUGUAGGACCAUCCACAAAUGUUUCAACCGUUACCAAAGCCCAAAAACGAGAUACUAGCAGUUAAGAGGAUAAUAAACACGCAUAUCUAGAAGUGCCCACGAUAUUCACCCAUCUUCCUGUUCAGGGCCGCAAAAACGGAAAAAAAAAGACCGACAAAACCGCAAAACCACACACAAAAACCUUCUGUUGAUAUUCCGCGCUUCCAUGUGUGCUUAGUGCUGUAGAAAAACUAUUUGUUAACGUUAUCUAAUACCCUUGAUACCAUUGUUAUUAAUUUAUAAAUACAUCCUAAGGCAAAUGUUA